CUGUUACUGGAACAGCCACUCCAUGUCAAUCCGGGUCCGGACACCGAUUCGGGAUGCGCAGCAGUCCUCCUCUGCCUGUGACCGCUUCUAUCCAAACAGCAACAUGUGUGAACAGCGUUGCUGAGGGGCCUCUGUGAAGGAAGUAGAGAUCGACGAGUGAGAAAGAUGUGGAAGUUCCGGAGAAGUUUGUGCGCUUUCCUCCUCCUGUGUGGCGUCUGCCUGGCUGAGGGCAGGAUGCUGAAGUUCGUGGUGGCAGUAUUCCGGCACGGUGACCGGUCGCCCGUGGAGUCGUACCCCAGGGACCCUCACGGGGAGGACGUGUGGGCUCAAGGCUUCGGACAGCUGACUGAGCUGGGCAUGAAACAACAGUUUGAGCUGGGCAUGUUCCUAAAGAGGCGCUACGGCAACCUUCUCAGCGAGAACUACAGCAACAAAGAGCUUUACGUGAGGAGCACCGACUACGACCGCACUCUGAUGAGCGCCCAGGCGUGCCUCGCCGGGAUGCUCCCCCCGACCAGACGCCCGCCUCCCAUCGUGCCCCAGUUACCGUGGAGGCCCGUCCCGGUGCACACCGUCCCCAGGGCCCAGGACAAGCUGCUGAAGUCUCCGGGCAAAGACUGUCCCAGGUUCAGAGCGCUGAUGACGGAGACCUUUGAGAGCGAGCACUACCAGAGGUUCCUCGGGGCUCACCAGUACUUUGUGGAGAGACUUUCCAACCACACUGGCUACCCCGUCUCCAAACUGGUUGGCAAAAAAAUGUGGCGGGUCUACGACACUCUUACCUGUCAGCGGAUCCAUAACUUGACUCUCCCCCGCUGGGCCACCCAAGACGUUCUGGACACCCUGAAGAAAAUUGCAUCAUUUGAGGUCAUGUACAGCAUCCUCAGUCACAAGCGCAAAGAGAAGGCUCGGCUCUCGGGAGGGGUGCUGCUGAAUGCCAUUCUGAGGAAUUUCUCCAAGGCUGUAGAGCAAGGGAGCACUCUCAAAUUCAUUAUGUAUUCAGCUCACGACUCUACACUCAUCACCCUCCAGGCCGCGCUGGACGUGUACAACGGCCUUCUUCCUCCUUAUGCUGCCUGUCAACUCUUUGAGUUCUACCAGGAGUAUGAUGGUUCCUAUUCUCUGGAGCUGUACUACCGCAACGACUCCCUGCGUGACCCUUACCCCAACCAAGUGGCGGGAUGCAACGGGUUGAACCCCUGCCCGUUGGCCACGUUCACUGAGCUGGUGCGGGACGUGGUGACAGAGGACUGGGAGGCUGAGUGUGGGUUCAGGACUAGAUUGUCAAGCACAGGUGUCAUCACAGCUCUUGCAGUGGCUGUCGGUCUCCUGGUAGUGGCGCUGUUGUUCAGUAUAGGAGUGACAAUCCACAAGAGGAGAGUGCACUACUCCAGGGAGGUGUAGUGCAGACGACUGCGCAAAACACAGAAAAAUGCUACUACUAACAAUGUGCCAUGUAUUUAAAAUUUCAGAUCCUGAUUGGCUGUCUGUGGAGAUUUUCUUCUAUGAAUAAUGUGUGAAUGACUAAAGCAAUAUACAUAAACAUAUUCAAAAUAAACAAUUAUUUAUAGCA